CCCUACCCCUCCUCCGCGCGGUCCGCCCUCCGCCGCCGCGCCAUUUCGCCAUGAGUCGUCAACCUGAGGUGCUAUGGGCUCAACGCUCAGAAAAGGUUUACUUGACUAUCUCAGUGCCAGAUGCAGAAGAUGUUGUGUUGAAGAUUGAACCUCAGGGAAUCCUUAGCUUCUCAGCCAUUGCCCAUGGGGAAUCUUUUAGCUUAACUUUGGAGCUAUUUGAUUCUGUACUGCCAGAGGGAAGUAAAACAAAGAAAAAGGUGGGCUCGCGAAACAUAAUCUGUACUAUACAGAAAGAUAAGAAAUGUUGGUGGAAGCGCUUGCUAAAGUCAGAGGAAAAGCAUCCAUACAUCAAAGUUGACUGGAACAAAUGGCAUGAUGAGGAUGAAGAGUCUGAGGCUUCAGUAGGUUCGGACAAUGACUAUGAUGAUGGGGAAAAUGAGGAAAGCGAUGGUGAUGAUGGACUGCUAUAUCUCCCUGACCUGGAAAAGCUGAGAGGGAAAUGAGUAGACAGCUUGGAUGAAGGAAGUAGGUUCUGCUGUAGCAAGUGACUGUUGACGCUAUAAACUAGGUCUGUUAGGUGGUAAUACCGGCUAAACAUCUGAUGGUACAAGACUUAUGCCAUGGACCGGCCUUGCUUGCCAUGUCUUUUAUCUACCGAGUACUCUUUGGUCGUUGCUGAACUAGGGUUCUGAAUGUAGCUCUGAGGUGUGCUUUGUUAUCGACUUAGUUGUUAUCGUUUUGGUGUCCUUAGCGUGUUGUGGUUUCUCUUGACAGGCUAUAUUGAUGCAAGUUCCACGGAAA